AUGAGCACCCCAGCACUUGAGAUUACUGCCUACACGCCGCUGGAGACGUUAUUGCUGUUUUACAACCUAUCGACACAUGGUAUACACCCGACAUCCUUUUCGCUGAUCUCAAAUAUCUUGGUCAGAAACCCACUCGUCAAGAAUGGGGACACAUUCGACAGGAACAGGCUAGCGCCGGACGCGUUGAAGGAGUUCUAUCUGUUACAAUUGAGGGAAGCUGAGCUGGAACUUGGGAGUGGUGGAGAUGGACAACCUAACGGUGAUGGGGCUCUAUCAAACCCCGACAAGACUGGUGUAGUCAAGAUCUUGACGUCACGACUAUACGAGAAAUACCGAAACACUGUUUUUCAGCAGAUACGUGAUGAUGAGAGGAGGUAUGCAGAAUUGGACCGGGACUUUAACGAUAUCUCGGCGGGAUUAUGGGAUGAACGGUUACUGCGUGAAAACGCUGUCAAGGCAAGGAGUAGAAGUAGCUCAACGACGCCAAAGAGCUCUAAACAAAAGAGAGUCAGCUCUUCUCCAGGUUCGGACAGGCGGAAUCCUACACCCAGUGUUAGUCCUAUCGCUGAGGCGAGAGAUGAACCAUUGGCGACGAAGGUAUCAGUAGAAGUCUCCCCGCGAGCAUUGCCAGCUGCGCGAACACCCACUGCCCAGCACGCUGUCCCUCAGCUUGCAACUCAAAAAAGUCCUCAGCUUAAGUCUUCGUUACCACUACGCCCAAAUAAUCAUUCCGGGAAACCAGAGCAGCAGAAUACACCAAGAAAUGCCACAGAUCGCCCACCUCGGAAUGUGCCGGCAUCUACGCCUUUAUCACAGCAAUCACCGCCUCCCCAUACCCAAGAUCAAGAAGGGCAGAAAGAGAGCUACAUGCCCCUUGCUCAAACCAAGCGCGAUGUAAUGAAAGUAGCUUCAACACCACCAAAGACCCAACCGACCGCGGUUUGGUCGAAUCAAACUAUUCAAACUGCAUCUCCAUCCCCGCGACAGACCCAAGCACAUAGAGCCUUAGCUGCGCCUAUUCCCUCUCCCCAAGUGCCACAAAAGAUGGAAGCUGUUCCACCACCUCCUCCCUCGAGUACAUCUUCGCCUAUUGCUCCGCCAUUAUCACGUCCAGGUGUUAAAAUUGAAGCACCAGUUCCUCCGCCAACAAGAACGCCCUUUCCUCCAAUCACUCCAAGACCUAUACAAGGCCCUUAUCCACAACCACAGAAUACACCCUCAAGACCAUCCAGCGUUCCAGGUUCAGGGCAAGGUCCUCAAGGGUUAACUGGGUUGCAACAACUGGCAGAUGUCGCAGAUACACGAUGGCAACAACAACACACGCCUCCGUUUGUGCAGCACGGAGCACCUCCGGGUCAACAUAUUGUGUAUUCGUCGCCAGGGCAACCAGUUUCAUAUGGCCCAGCGCCUAUCUCUCCCAGUGUUCAACAGGGCCAUAGAACACCGACACCUUCAACCCCCGGGGCCACCGCGGGGUUUGGUGUUCUUUUCCCUACUCCGUUACCUACCACACCAGCCCCCCCAGUUCAACAGUACCCCCCACAGUUUUCUCCUCAGAAUCAGGCAAGGCAAGCUGGCGUUCAGACACCCAACUUUCAGCACUAUAACCCUCAUGUAGCAGCACAGCAGCAGCAGCAGAGCUUUGAACAAGCCCCACCGGUACCUUCACCAACUGUCCAAAGAAUCGCUCCGCGCCCUCCUCCUCUAGCUCCUCCCGCCCCUCCGCCACAGGUUCCAGCAACAUCACAACAAUCUAAUCCGAUAUCCCCUUCAAAGACACGCCCUCCACCAAUUGUAACCUCUACAGGCUCUGCAGAUAUACCGCCCUUCUCCCAUUCGCCGGGGCACAAAGGAGAGCCUGGAUCACCAAUACCUCCACGGCCUGAUGAAAUCUCUCCUAUUAGUACGCCCUCGCGCUCUCCUCCUCCGCCCCCCGAAUCCCCAAAAUUAGCUGUGAGCGUUGAGAAACCCCGUGGCAAAAAGCGUCUUUUCCAGGACGAUGGAAAAAGUCCCCAAGAGAGACGGAAAUCCGGCGGGAGCAAAGAAAAUACUAAACAAGCGCGAGCAGAUCGGGCGAAAGAAGACAAACCAGCACCCAAAAGGCAAAAGAAGCACGAAAAGACGCCUGCAAAGAGUCCAGUCGCCAGGAGAGGUUCAGUGGUUGAAAAAGAAGUGGGAGUUGUUUUAGCGGUUCCGGAAAGCAAAGUUAAAGAUGAAGAGGCAGACGUUACAGAAAUUGAGAGUGAUGCGCCGGUCAGCAUCGUUGACGAAGAAGAAAAGCCUCAAAAGCCGAGGGGAAGAGGAAGGCCGCGAGGUAAAGCGAAGCCUCCUCCGCCACCCGAAGAACAAGUGGAACCCCCGGUGAAGGAAAAGCGCACAAAGAGAAAAAGAACAGAAGUAAACGCACCUACCCCACAAACAGUUGACGACGACGAGGAGGAAAGUGAGGCUGAGGCAGCUUCUGUCUCUCCGACACCGCAACGACGACAUUUCCCAAAACUUGAAAAACAAGGCUCGAAUAUGACAAAUUCUGUACCCUCUCCAUCACCACUCACAGUUUCGAUUGGCCAGCAGCCUCUUGUUGUUGCGACGAAGAAGUUUUUGCAACUCAGCGCACCGCUACUUGGUGAUAUUAGCAGCCAUAAGUUUGCGAAUUUGUUCUCCCAUGCUGUCAACGAACGAAUGGCACCUGGUUAUAGGAAUCUAGUAUUUAGGCCUCAGGAUCUAAAAAGUAUCAAGGCCGCGGUCAAAUCCGGCACGGCGGCUAUUACCAAUACAUCGACAGGCACUCCGGCUAUGACACCUACCACUGAUUUUGCCGCCGCCACCCCUCCCGCAAGUUCUUCAACCUUUGCUACGCUGCCUGCAACAACCUUGAAUACCCCUCCAAAAGGGAUAGUCAACUCCGUGCAGCUUGAGAAGGAGCUCUUUAGGAUGUUUGCAAACGCAAUUAUGUACAACAAGUCUACCACUGAGAUUGGGAAAGAGACUGUCAUAAUGGCGAGAGAUGUUGAAGGAAUGGUUGAUAACUUUAGAACUGCUGAAGAGGCUGGAAUGAAGAAGGCUCUUGGCGCGGCAGCCACAGGUGGCGGGUUUGGUUCUGCGAGAAAGGGCGGGGUGAGGGAUAGAGAGCGGGAGACCACUGUUGGCACUGCGGGAGAUGAGGAGCAAAGUAUCAGUGGUGAUAAAGAAGAUGGGGAUGAAGAUAGCGUCAUGGGUGAUACUGAUGGGGCUUCAGAGAAGGGCAAAGGGAAGGCGAUAGUGAAGCGCAAAAGGCUAAAGCGUUAG